UUUAUGAGGUUGCCGACAAUCCAUCCUUAAGUUUACCAUCUUUGGUUAAGAAGUAUGUGAAGCAUACCUUGAAUACUAUUUUAAAGUCAAAAAAAUUAUUUCAACAUUCUCAAUUCCUUAUUAAAAAUGCCAAGGAACAUUUAUUGAAAUCGGUAGAUUAUGUUUCAUAUGGUAUGACAGAUAAUUUGGAUUUCGGUGAAUUAGAUAUUUCACAGU